ACUGGUUUCAGAAUAGUUGAUGCUCUCUACUUCUCGUCUCAGCAGCUUGAAUGGAUCGGUGAAAAUCCGUCCGAAUUCUCGCGACUACUCGAUGCUUUCACUCGAAUCGUCAAGACCCUCGCACGCAUCAACGGCUCAGAGAUCGAACUACCGAAGCUCCGUCAGUUUUUUCGACCAUCGGUAGAUGUUGUGCAGGAGCUGGCUGGUUUAGGCUUGUCUCGUAAUACGUCGAUGGCCUUGGCCAAUUCAACAUUAACGCCCACUUUUUUCUUGGAACUUUUUAAAUAUGUUAGUGAAUUUCGAUCUCAGCCGAUGGUGCUUCUUCCCUUCAUGGCAUUCCAAUCUGUUCCGAUGCUCUGCAACGAGACAGUCUUUAACAGCAGCUUUAUAUUACCGCCCAACUCGACUCUGUCUAAAGAAGAUCGCCGCUCGCUGUGUGACACAUCUCCUUUCGAUUUACUGACAUAUUACAAGGAAAAUAAGGACAUCUUCACACUCGAACCAUAUCCGGAUUUCAAAGACAGGAAUGUAUCAUUACAAGAUCUAGUCCUAUCGUUCACCACAUUCUCCUCACUGCUGGAUCAACAGCCACUCUACAAAGGCUUCCUGAGAUGGAACCACCUUCUUUCGACUUCACAAGCCAACAUCACAUCGGCUCUGUUCUGUGGCGAAAAUCCAUUUGACACCUCUACUGAUGGAUUUGGACCUGUGCCAACCCAUGCGAAGACUCCGUUUGAUGAACUGCGCCAAAAUCUCAUCGAGUUUGUCAUUCAGGAAAAGUCUGCGCUUACUCUGUUAGAAAGAAAUCGGCCUAAAUGCGUGUUAGAUUUGAACUGCUCAUCGAUGGAGUCGGCCGUAAUGCAACGACUGCGCCCUUUGUUCACCGGUUACAUACUUGUCACCCCACCAUCACCGGCUGUAGAGGAACUGAUUGACAAGUUAAACAAUCCGCUUCGAAUGGCAGAUUUCAUUCGGCAGUCGUUAUACGCCUAUCCAGAAAUCGCUGACAGUCUGCAGGAGGCACUCUAUGAAAGUGAUCUACGAGCUGCUAGUAUGAAUGUAUUGGUCUUCCUUCAACGUUUUGGCAAACAACUACCAGUGGAGCCGCAAUGGCUGAAGAGCGCGGAGUUCGUAUUGGAGCACGUUUUUGCUCCCGCCACCGAUCCAUAUUCGUUCGGCGCUUUGACGAAGAAUUUCACGGAGACAUUCAACAAUUAUAGCACGUGUUUUCUUUUGGAUCGUUUUGUGACAGUGGCGAACGAGUCCGUAAUGGAAGAGACGGCUACCUGUUUGGCCGACUAUCAGCAGUACUUUUCCGGGAUUGUCGUAAUGAACAUGUCCGACGAUGCCACUGAAUUCGAUCCAAUUACCGUCUAUAAGAUUCGGCAUCUUCCAAACCUUGUCGACAAUACAUAUUACUACGAAGACAGUCCACGGCGAGUUUUCGAUCGAAAUAAGCCGUUCACUGACCUGAAGUAUCUCACAUACGGGUUCUCAUUCCUUCAAGAAGGCGUAGAACGGGCGAUAAUCGCUCAUCGUGUCAAGUCAAAUCUCUCACUUGGUAUGUAUGCUCCAGCAAGAGCCGUAUCCAUGCGUUGCUUUUGA